AAAGAGUCUCGCACAUAUAAAAGUCAAAAGCUCUGUUCUCUGUCUCUGUUUUCUGGGAAUUUGAAUGAGAAAGAUAAAAGAAACUUGAAAAAAAAGGAAAAAACAUUUUGCGUGAUAAUUUUCGUAGUGGAAGACGAUGCUGCAGAGAGCUGCGAGUAAUGCGUAUUCAUGGUGGUGGGCGAGUCAUAUUCGAACCAAACAAUCGAAAUGGCUCGAACAAAACCUUCAAGAUAUUGAAGAGAAGGUGCAAUAUGUGUUGAAGCUUUUACAAGAAGAUGGAGAUUCGUUUGCGAAGCGAGCAGAGAUGUAUUACAAAAAGAGACCAGAACUCAUAAGCUUCGUUGAAGAAUCUUACAGAGCUUAUAGAGCUUUAGCUGAGCGUUACGAUCACAUUUCCACAGAGCUUCAAAACGCAAACACCACGAUUGCCUCUGUUUUUCCUGACCAAGUCCCAAACUUUGCAAUGGAUGAUGACGACGAUUCGUCGUCUAAAUUCGCCAAAAGACAGAAUCUUUCAGGAGCUAAUGUCCCUAACGUCCCGAAAUUGCCUGUUAAAGACUUGAAGACCGCGGUUAAAGUUGCUACCAAGAAGCUUCAGCCGAGGAAAUCUAUGAAGUACACGGGAGGUUCUGCGAACGUGGUCGUCAAGAGCUCGGGUUUGAGCAAGCCAGAGGCGAUGGGGGAGAUUGAUAAGUUGCAGAAAGAGAUCUUGUCGUUGCAGACGGAGAAGGAGUUUGUGAAGAGCUCUUAUGAGCAAGGUUUGUCUAAGUACUGGGAGUUUGAGAAGAGUAUCAAGGAGAAACAAGAGAGGAUUUGUGGUUUGCAGGAUGAGUUUGGUGAGAGUAUUGUAAUCGAAGACGAUGAGGCUCGGAGAUUGAUGACCGAGACUGCGAUAAAGUCGUGUCAGGAGAAGCUAGUGGAGUUACAGGAGAAGCAAGAGAAGUCUUAUGAAGAAGCUAGAGAAGAGCAUAUGAAGAUUAAGGAGUCUAAAGAGAAGCUAAGAUCAAUGGCUAGCCAGUUUCUAGGGGAUGAAAGUGUCUUUGCGAAAGACGAUGGUGAUGAAGUUAGAAGAACAGAAGAGUUGGAGCAUGAGAUGAAAGAGAUGUCUAGGAAGAAGAAAGAGUUGGAAUCUGUAAAGGAGAAGAUUAGAGAACAUUUCGAGUCUGGUUUGAAUUCUUCAGCCAACGCGACAGAGAUGGCUGAGAAAGUCGAUGAGCUCGUGAACAAAGUGCUUAGCUUGGAGAGUGCGGUUUCCUCACAAACUGCUUUGAUACAGAGAUUAAGAAACGAGACCAAUGGUCUUCAGACACAGAUCAGUACUCUUGAAACUGAUAAGGCGAUGUUAGCAGAUGACAAGAGUGAUCUGAGGAAGAAGCUGAAGGAAAUGGAAGAUAAACUCAAGGCAUUGCAGGAUUUGGACAGAAAUGUUAUGGAUAAGAGUAGCAAUCUCCAAACAGAUUUUGAUGAAGCAUGUGAUAAUCUCGAUAACCUCUCUUGUGGGAACUUUCAUGAGGUGAAGCCAGAGAGCGAGUCUGAUAACUUGGCGAUGAAAAUGGAACCGGAGAAAGAUCUGGAAGGUGAGAAGAGGAGUUUAGCUGUUUCUGAAGAGACAAAGGAACUGGCCGAGAAGAGUGAAAGCUCUGAACAGAUCCUCGAUCUGACAACAGUUGCAGGAGAUAUCAGCAUCCAAAGUAAAACUCCAGAGACUGUUUUCGAAUCUACUGAAAAAGUUGAUUCUGAUUCAGAGAAGCAAGCUGCAUCUGACAAGACAGAGUCUGUUCUUGAUAAUGUUUCAGAGAAGCAGGCUGCAUCUGACAAGACAGAGUCUGUUCUUGAUAAUGUUGUAGAGAAGCAGAUAUCAUCUAAAGAAUCUGACAUCGCUUUCAGUGGCCAACAACAAGAGGAUGAAAAGGAGAAAGAAAGUGAACCAAAUUGGAAAGAGAUGUUCAUGAAGGGAAUGGAGAACAGAGAAAAGCAUCUGCUUACGGAGUACACGACUAUUCUCAGGAACUACAAGGACAUGAAGAAAACUUUGGAUGAAACAAAAACAAAGCUGAAGACAGAGAAUGCUACAAAAGAUGAUGAGAUCAAGCUACUAAGAGAGAAAAUGAGCCUCCUACAGAAGGGUCUUGCGGACAGUAAUGACUUGAUGGAAAACCAGUUGUCAAACGACGACUAUUCCCUCGGAUUCAUGGCUGCAGAAAACGUGAACAUGUCCCUGGUCGAGGAACAGUUCAGGUUGAAUAUUGAUGAGCUUCUAGAGGAGAAUUUAGAUUUCUGGUUAAGGUUCAGCACAGCAUUUGGACAGAUACAGAGCUACGACACAUCAAUCGAGGAUCUACAAGCCGAGAUAUCAAAGCUAGAGCAAAGAAGAAAGCAAGAUGGAAGCAGCACAGCUAAAUAUGCCCUGAGAUCAGAUGUUCGACCACUUUAUCUACACUUAAGGGAAAUAAACACAGACCUGGGUCUCUGGCUGGAGAAAGGUGCAGCUUUGAAAGAGGAACUGAAAUCAAGAUUCGAGUCGCUGUGUAACAUACAGGAUGAGAUAACAAAAGCACUGAAAUCAAGUGCUGAAGACGAUGAUUUCAGAUUCACGAGCUAUCAAGCUGCUAAAUUCCAAGGUGAGGUGCUGAACAUGAAGCAGGAGAACAACAAAGUGGCAGACGAGUUACAGGCUGGGUUAGAUCACAUUACCACGCUUCAACUCGAGGUUGACAAGACUCUAGGAAAGCUAAGCGAUGAGUUUUCUCUUUCGGGUUCAAAACACAGAUCCGAUCCUGACCUUCAGCAUUCGGAUAGUCGCUCAAGAGUUCCCUUAAGGUCAUUCAUCUUUGGCUCCAAACAGAAGAGAGCAAAGCCGUCCAUAUUCUCCUGCAUGCAUCCCUCACUAUAUAGAAAGAUGAAGACUUCUACAUAGGUAACAUUUACAUAUUAUACAAUACUUACAAUCCAGAGAGUUAAUUGAAUCAUAUACUGUAUCUUAUAUCCGAUUCAUGGAGGAUUUUAUUUAUUCGUCUUUUUUACCUGUAUUUCCCUGGGGAGACUGAGCAUUUUUAUCCCCCAUCUCCUUUGUUUUUUGGUUUGCGAGAUUG